AUGCUGAUCUUGGUCUACUGGUUUGGGUGGAUCAUGUGGCUCUCCCAUUUGCUCCAGCCCUGUGAUGUUCCCUUGGAGUCAUGGCUGGGAGUCUACCUGUGCUAUCUGACCUUCAUGUACAUGUGCAGACCAGUCCUUUUUCAGGUCUCUGAGGAACGACCGUGGAAGAGUACGUUGGAACGGCUGAACCCCGUUGUUGCUGUGCUGUGGCUACUCUAUGGCCGCAGCCUCUUGCUGAAGUCAAAGACGCCUGGAACCCGAGAUCCCGGGUGUGCCGAGACCAGCCCCUCGAUGGUGGUCUUCCUUCGCUGGUUCUCGGUUUUAGCACUACUUCUGCAUGGCCUGCAUUGUGCAUUGCUCUGCGCCAACAGUUUAGGCGUCCGGCUGUUGUUGCUGCUGGCACGUCACGGCUGGUUGCCCUUCGUGGCCGAACGAGGUGGUCGACUGUUCUCAGGGGCGCCUGAGGCUGUUGAGGCCAUGGAAAUCCUGGAGUAUGAUCCCAAAGUCUUUGCGGAUCCGACUGACCCACUGGACUCAAGGCCACAAGAUGAGUGCUGCAUCUGCCUGGAGUCCUACAGCGGAGAACCUUCCAAGAUGAUCCGAAAAACGCCCUGCGGACAUUUGAUGCACCAUGAGUGCCUUAAGACCUGGCUGGAAGCCUCCAGGACCUGUCCUUUCUGUCGUCGGAACCUGGCGGAGCGCCACGAGCGAAACGGCGGCCACAGCCACGGCGAUGCCCAUGCGGCGUAG